CCUCACUUGCCUUUCAUAAUUGAUAAUUUGAUAGAUAUCUAUUCACAAAUCAACGCAUAUCUCAUUAUCUCUCUCCAUAAAGAUUUUUUCGUUUCCUCUAGCGAAACCCUUAUUCCUCAGUUUUCUGUACCAAGAUGACAGGAGGAAAAUCGAAGGCUGGUUCCAGGAAGGCCGACAGCAGGCUUGCUGUGAAGAAGCAGACUAAAAAGGAUAAGAAAGCUGCAAAAGAUCCAAACAAGCCGAAGAGGGCUCCAAGUGCUUUCUUUGUGUUCAUGGAAGGCUUCAGGAAGCAGUACAAGGAAAAGAACCCCAACAACAAAGCUGUUUCUGCUGUUGGUAAAGCUGGUGGUGAAAAGUGGAAAUCCUUGAGCGAAGAGGAAAAGGCGCCCUUCAAUGCAGAGGCUGAAAAGCGCAAGAGGGAAUAUGAGCGCAAAAUGGAAGCAUACAACAAAAAAUUGGCUGGAGGAGAUGAUGAUGAGUCUGACAAGUCGAAGUCAGAGGUUAAUGAUGAGGAAGAUGAGGAAGGAAGUGCAGAGGAGGAAGAAGAUGACGAUUAAGUGCAAAAAAGGCGACCAGAUUCUCUUUAGCUGCUUGAAUUUCUAACAUAUGUAAAUUUUCUUUCUGUUGACAUUGUUGGAGGAUUUUCUGGUUAUGGAUUAUGAUUUGCCUUGGGUUGGCACUGUUAGCUGCAUACAAUAGUGGGUUUACAAUAUGGGAUGCAUUCUGGUUAGGUUCUCCUCUUUUUAAAUCAACUGAUGCACAUUUAUGGUAAUCGAAAUUAAUGAUUUCUUGGUUCGGUUUUAAUAUAUUUUUUUAAUGGAUGAUUACAAAGUCUCCUUGAGGCUUGAC